AUGGUUAGUGGUGAAUACUAUUUACAUUUACUACUAUGUGUUUGCUAUCUUUUAUCGUUGACAUGGGCUGCAGAUAAGUCUAGUACUUCCGAUGAUCUAUUAUUAAACCAAUACUUAGUUGACCCGACACAACUACCGGGCCUCGAUAAAAUCAAAGAUGUAAAUUCUAUUCCACAAAUGUAUGCAGGUCACAUUUCUAUGUUUGAUGAUAUUAAACAAGAUCCAAACAACAACAACAAUAUUCCUUCAGAUUUCGGUUAUUUCUUUUGGAAGUUUCAAGAUAAAUCAUCACAACAUAAUAAAGAUUUCGAUACAAAACCUCUAAUAUUCUGGUUUAAUGGUGGUCCAGGUUGUUCUUCCAUGGAUGGUGCAUUGGUGGAAAUAGGUCCAUUUAGAAUAGACCAUAAGGGGAAUGCAAUCAUAAAUAAGGGCUCUUGGCAUACAAGAGGUGAUUUGGUGUUUGUUGACCAACCUAUUGGAACUGGGUUUUCGUCUUUUAAAGGUGAGUCAAUCAAUACUUUAUUUGAGAAAGAUCUUAACAAGAUCAGUGAAAGAUUGAUGGAAUUCUUAAAUAAAUAUUUCGAACUUUUUCCAAUGGAUCUUAAUAAAGAUAUUAUUUUAGCUGGUGAAAGUUAUGCAGGCCAAUAUAUCCCAUAUUUUGCAAAAUUCAUACAGAACCGCAAUAAAAAAAUUGUUUCACAAGAUCUGAAAGACAAGCUAUAUCAUUUGAAAUCUCUUUUGAUCGGGAAUGGUUGGAUAGAUCCAACUUCUCAAUCCUUAUCAUAUUUGCCAUUUGCUAUGGAGAAUGGACUCAUUGAUAGGCAAUCACAAUUUUUCAUAGAUCUACUAAAACAACAUGAAGAUUGUCAAAAUAAGAUCAACUCUGCACUUAGCGAUUCCUCUUCAAAAUUUGAAUACCCUGAAUGUCAGAAAAUUUUACAAACAUUAUUAACCAUUACAAGUGAUGUGGAACAAGACCAAUGUAUUAAUGUCUAUAACUAUGAUUUAAGAGACUCAUACCCAGCAUGUGGAAUGAAUUGGCCCGAAGAUAUCAGUAAUGUCGCCAAAUUUUUUUCAAAACAACAAGUUCAAAAUGCUUUACAUAUAAAUAAAAAUUGGGAGAAUAGUUGGAAGGAAUGCAGACUAGAAGUCGAUGAAGAACUAACUAACCAGGGUAUGGCACAAUCAAUCGCUUUGCUACCAAAUUUAUUAAGUGAUGGUAUUGAAAUUAUUUUAUUCAAUGGUGAUAAGGAUUUAAUAUGCAAUAAUAAAGGUAUCUUAGACAGUAUUAGCAAUUUAGAAUGGGGUGGAUCAACAGGUUUUACCAGUAAUGUUCAAGAUUAUGAAUGGGUUUACAAUAAUCCAGAUUCUGGUUUAGAUGAAACUGUAGGGUACAUCAAAUAUGAUAAAAAUUUGACAUUUAUUAGUGUUUUUAAUGCAUCUCAUAUGGUCCCAUACGAUAAAAGUGAAAUUAGUAGAGGAAUUAUAGAUAUUUCUAUGAACCAGGUUUUAUUAUCUACUACUGAAGGAAAAGAUAUUAUAAUCACUAGUGGUUCACCAUUCAAACAAACAGAUGAAGAAAACGAAGAAGAAGAAGAAGAAGAAAAGAAUACUGAUGAUAAUGAUAACGAAGAAGAAAAAGAAGAAGAAGAAGAAGAUGCCGACGAGGAGGAGGAAGAAGAUGACAAAGAAGAAAAUAAAGACAAUAUUAAUGGAAUUAUUAUGAUAUCUCUGUUCAGUUUGGUUGGUAUAUUUUAUGGUGGCCUCAAAUAUCGUCAAAUUAUUUUAUCCAAGAUUUUUGGUUCAUCUUAUGAAAAUAUCGGUAAUCAAAAAAAGAAGGUUACUUGGGCGGAUGAUCUUGAAAAUGGGACUUCCUUAGAAGAAAAUUUCGAAGAUAAUACAAAUGAUCAUAACAAUAUAGAAACAACCAAAGCAGAUCACAUAAUUCCAACAUCUCCUUUCGCACCCAACAAUGCAGAAGUGGAGAACAUAUUCGAGUUGAAGGAUAUGAAAUAA